AAACUGUCAUGGCGGCGUCCAUAAGUCUCUCCUGGACAUAGCGUCGAUGUCUACGAAGGAAAGCUAUUAAUUGUGUAUUAACCCCCUCUCGUCGAUGCAUGCAUACUUCUGAGAUUCUAAAAUGCCGAGAUACGAGCUUUCUCUCAUUGUAAAAGCCAUGCAGAGGCCGGAAACUGCUGCUGUUAUUCGGCGCACGGUUGAGACCUUGAUGGAGCGUGGCGCUGUGGUUCGUGCUCUUGAAAACCUUGGAGAGAGGAGGCUACCGUAUAACAUUUCCAAACACAACUUGCGCCACAGUCAUGGUGCUUACUUUUUAAUUGACUUUCAUGCUGCACCAAGUAUUGUCGGCAGACUGCUCGAUCACCUUGAACGAGAUGUGGAUGUUCUGCGCCCUACAGUUUUAAGGAAAGAGGAAAGGGAAUCUUCAAAUGCGCCGUGCUGUGGUCCGGCGCCUCCAAAAGCUAAAGAGGUCUCUCCUUAGUAUAUGGACGGCAGUCUGAAGACCUCUUUGCUACGAUGUCAGCGCUUACUGUAUUGUAUCGAAACAUGUUAAACUUUCUGUUGAAUAAUAAAUUUCAUUUGUGUAUGCUUUGAAA